GUACUUCCGCCCGCCCCCCUCCGGUACCUUCUGUUCCCGCUCCGGUUUCCGCUGAGGGCAGUCUAGGCGGAACUAGCGUGAGGCCCGUGGGCCGAGCUAAGCGCAGCGAUGUCCGCCGCCCUACUGCGGCGAGGUCUCGAGCUGCUGGGGGCUCCCGAGGGUGAGGGGGCCUUCCCCGGACGUCCAAGCGCAGGCUGGAGUGCGGCAGGGGCAGUGGGCAGGAGCCCUAAGGCCCCUUGCGCCGCGCCAGGCCAGGCCAAGCCGAGCCGGGCUCCGGUGAAGCGGACCAGGAAGGCGAAGGCGACCCAGGCCCAGAAAUUGCGGAACUCGGCCAAGGGAAAGGUGCCCAAGUCGGCGCUUGCUGAGUUCCAGAAGCGAGAGUGUCGAAGCUACCUUGGAGAAAACCUGAAGUUUAUGAUGAGCACAAGAAGAAAGGUGGCUGAGUCGGUCACCCAGCAGAUUGUGCGUCAGAACCAGGGUCGCAAGGCUUGUGACCGGCCUGUGACCAAGACUAAGAAGAAGAAGGCUGAGGGUACAGUGUUCACCGAGGAAGACUUUCAGAAGUUCCAGCAGGAGUACUUCGGCAACUAGGCUCCCAGGAGGGCACAGUGGGAAAGGCACACAGGCCCAGCCUCCUCCUCUGACCUCAGAGCCUCUGCUGGCCUCAGGACCCUGCCACACGCUGUGCUGCUGGCCUGGCUCAGGGAAGCCCUGGAGCAGGAGCCAGGGGGUGGCUGGAAUGGAGAUGGUGAGCUGGAAGCCCUGGAGCUGACAUCUGCAGACAUCUGCAGAGCUGACAUCUGCAGGCUUGGGAGGAGCUGCAUUUCUGACUGUUGUGUUUGCUUUGGCCCAUGUAGGGCCUCUGGGCUGUUUGCUGUGGAGAGGCCAGUGACUGGGCCCUUGGGGGCCACACCUCAAGGAGUUGGCUUUCAGGCUUUAAUAAAUGUGGACCCAAGA